AUGAAAUAUCUCCUCUUUUAUCUGAUCCUAGCCGUCAUCUCCUGUCUCCUCCACAUCUAUCUCUUCUCCUACACCCUCCCAUCCCUUCACCAAAAGCCAACCGAUACCCUCCAUCACCAUUCUCCGCCAUGCGCUGAUCAUCGAUCGCCCUCAGGAUCUUCACCGUUGGAAUUAGAAUUCCACACCAAAGACGCGCAUGACAAAUCGCCACAGAUAACAAAAUCUAUCACGGGAAUGACCACAUCGGCGGAGGAGAAACAAAAGGAAAAAAGUGUACCAACAACAGGAUAUUGGUUUGGAGGCUAUAGAAUGGCGUUGAGAGAAAUGAUCAUGAUUGUUGCGGUGGGCAAUCCGCUGGUGUUGGGGGGUGUGGUGGGUUUGGUGAUUGCGCUUUUUAGGAUGAGGUAUGGGGGGUUGAUUGGAGGUUAG